UGUGCUUGUUACACCACAGUUAUCAUUGUCAGGGACAAUCGCAAAUACGGGAAGUAUGUUUCCUUGAUUGACUGGAGAUCUUUGUAUAGUUUACCGGGUUGCACUUUUUCCAUAGCUUUAUUUCAGUGCAUGCAUGUGGUACAACCUCAAAACAGAGUUUGGGACCGAACACGGAUUUUAACCGGCGUUCGAGGGGAUGUCAAAUGAACUUAUGUAGCAGCUAUGAUGUGCGGUAAUCGCUUUAACUCUGUUGUCGGAAUUUCCCCCACGUCUAACUUUGUGAUAUGUCAAUAUUCUGUGGAUACUUUAUUCUGAAAAGGACCGCGCAGAGUUGGGGUUUUAAACCUAGCAGGAGAUGGCGGUGUGCCUUGGAGUAAGCAGGCGUCUCAUCAGGAUGUUAGAGAACAGAGUCGGUCUCCUCUUCUCCCCGUGUCUUAAGUGCAGGAGUAUCGGGACAUCAUCCAGACAUCGCGGCUUUAACCUACCAGCCCUGAUGCGGCGGAGCGAUUGCCUCCCUCCAGGAAGCCACAGCAAGACCUUCUGUCGAGCAAGAAUAACUGAUACUUCUCAGACUGGUUUAUCAAGCGUGGUACCAGUAUUUGCAUUGAUGAAGUUUGAGAAAGAUGGAAAUAUCACAUCAUAUGAAAAGAAAAAGACAGAGUUGUAUCAAGAAUUAAAUCUUCAAGCUCGGGAUUUACGAUUUCAACAUUUAACAAGCAUAACAACUCGAAACAACAGGAUCAUUGUAAGGAUGGAGUUUUUAAAGGCUGUGAUUUCACCGGAUUACCUUUUGAUCCUGGAUUACAGAAAUGUGGGUCUGGAGUCCUGGCUUUUAAGAGACCUAGGUGCCCAGUUGGCAGGAGACGGGCAAUUGCUCACAUCUUCCCUUCCGUUUGAAUUCAGAUCAAUAGAAGCCAUACUUCUGCAUAGGGUUAACACUCUUCAAGCCCGGCUUAAUAACCUUCAGCCCCAGAUACUUGAAAUGCUGGAAUCACUUGUGGAUCCAAAGUUGUUAUCAGUUGAUAGGAGCAAAUUACACAUUUUGCUGCAAAACAGCAAAAGUCUUUCAGAGCUAGAAACUGACAUAAAGGUAUUUAAAGAGACUUUGUUGAAAAUACUGGAUGAAGAGGAGUUAAUAGAAGAAAUGUGCCUCGCAAAAUGUGGGGAUACUGAAGUUAAUCAAGGAAGCAGUUUUGGAAUUGACCAUGCAGAAGAGAUGGAACUGCUGCUUGAAAAUUAUUACAGACAAGCUGAAGAUCUGGCAAAUACAGCCCGGGAACUGAAACUACUCAUUGAUGACUCAGAAAGCAUUGUUUUCAUUAAUCUGGACAGUCACCGUAAUGUUAUGAUGAGACUUAACCUGCAACUGACAAUGGGUACCUUUUCAAUUUCCCUCUUUGGUUUGUUAGGAGUAGCCUUUGGCAUGAAUUUGGAAUCCUCAUUGGAAGAGGACCCUGAAGUCUUCUGGUUGGUAACAGGUAUCAUGUUUUUGGGAAGCGGACUAAUCUGGAGACGCCUUUUGUCUUACCUUGGCAGGCACCUUGAACCUCCGUCUUUGCGACCGAUGCCUCCCAUCUGGAUGAAAGGUCAGAUCAACAGUUCGAGAGGAGCAGACAUAAGAAGUUCAUGGAAAACGGAAACAUUUUCUUCAAGCAAGAAUCCACUUAUUGGUCCCAAGUAGCUGUCAGGAAGGGGCAGUUUAGUGCCUUGCAAAAAGAACAAGCUGAAAUGUAAAAGUAAAUCACAAUAUUUAGUUGGACGCUCAUACAUUUAAAAACAUGUGAAACAUUUACUUUCUUAAUAAGUACAAAAGAAAUAAGCCUUAAUCAUCUCAAUGCCUCUUUUUUAGAUGUUUCAGUGCAAUAUUAGACUCAAAGCAAGACACAAAGUGUAUGUAUACUGAACAUAAAUGUUUUUAUUAUUCUGCCUAUAAUAAUUUGUUUUGGAAUAUAUAUUGAUUUACUGAUUACCAAAGAUGUAACAAUUUACAUUGAUUAGUCAUGCUUAUUGUAAAGUGUAUUUUUCCCUCACAACAAAUGUUAAAAAGUGGCAGUUUUAACACAAAAAUAGGCACAGUGUUUUGGCUUUAAUGUGAGUGGAUAUAUUACAUACAUGCAGAAAUAGCUUGAAAGACUUUAGCAAGAGGGCAACUGAAUUAAAGACAGAAAUUCUCUUCUGACAAGGAGUUACACAUACGAGUUAAAUCAUUAAAGUUGUUACUGCUGCCAUGCUGAGGCAACAAUUAACGAGUUCAGUUUUAGAAUCUAUUAGGAUACAUCUUAACUUGACAGCAGCUUGCCAUACUUCAUUUCUUUAAAUGUCAGACUUACUGGGGUCUUUGUCCUGUACAGGUAAAUGGGUACAAAUAGGGGAGUGUGCAGCUAUGAGCUACAGAGUGCAUCUCUGUUGUAAUCUCAGUCAACUUUUAUUUAUUAAGCAACACUUUUUAAAUCCGAAUAAUAUGUUUUGGAAUGUCACUUAAUCAUUCUUGGCUUCCCUUUUUAAAUUAAACAUAUGACCCCCUUUUCAUCUGUCAUUUUAAGCUAUAGUAGUCAUUUGACUAGGGGCUAUUGUUUGCACUAUGAAAAUCAAGAAAAUCAGACCCAAGUGCAUUUGUAUACAUCCCAGUUUGAUAAGAGUGCAAUAAAUGGGAAUCUUGUGUUGUUUUUGGCAGCUGUAAUGUGUUGUUCAGGUUACUUUUUACUACUUCAGUUUCAGUAUACACUACACAUUUGUGUUGCUGCAAGAGAAGAAUCUCCUAUGGACAAUCGCAUAACUAACACAAAGCAAAAUGAGUCUGCCUCAUUAGGACAGCCUGAGAUGUACAGUUUUGUGGAGUUGUCCUCCUCACUCUAAAACCGAGCAAAACAAACAUCAUGAAUUUACAUUUAUAUGCUAUUGUUAAAAUAAAAAAUCAUUCAGAUGAUUUGUACAAUUGUACAGUUAAGUAUAUUUUGCUAAUGCUGCAGAGAUAAACCUUAACAUGAAACAUUAACUCAUUUAGAAUGUCCUCGACAGCAACUGAACCUUAAAAAAUAUGUAAUAUUCCCUGAAACAUUCAAGUCUCUCAGUUAGGUUUUCUUAGUAUGUAUUUGUAUAUAUGUUUAGUUAGCAAAGAUUUGUAAAUAUGUAACAUGUAUUUUCCUUAUGCAAACAUGCCAGGUAAACCUGAAUAAUUACAGGUGAAUUUUAUUUACAUGUUUUAGGGAGUAACAUAUGUGUGUUUACGUGAAUUUUGCAGGUCAAUUUCUGUUUUAGAAGAAGUUAUGUAUUCAAAUUUAA